UGGCCCAUUGCUACAGGAUGGCUCAUUCGUCCUGAUCUUCUAGUGACCGCUGGCCAUUGCGCUUUCGAUUGGGCUCACAACAUGGGUCGCCUUGUCCAAGUCAAAUGUUACAUCGGAUAUAACGGCAACAAUUCCAUCAAGGACUACUCAGCCAACGUCCAGUGCCGCCAGGGCAAGCGCGUUGCCACGACCCUUGACUGGCUCACAGCUAAAGGAAAUCGCGCUUUCGAUGCUUCUUUCAUCCUUCUUGACUCCCCUUUUGAGGGUAUCACGCCGUUCAAAUUUGCAGAUACACCCCUUUCGGGUUCCAUGUCUCUUGGCGUUGUGGGUUAUCCUGGUGACUUGAAGGAUCCUGCUACAAACGAACCCGGUGCCCAUAUGUACGAAAUGUUUUUACCAACCAAAUUUAAUUUGGUCGACUCCCAAUGGCGUAUGUUGGAGUACGAGAUAGACACCUUUGGAGGCAAUUCCGGAUCUCCUGUCCUCCGCGAAAGCGAUCACGUUGCUGUAGGCGUCCACGUCUACGGAGGUUCUCCCAAUUCUGCCUCGGUCAUUGGUCUUUACGGAAACCCCUUCCUUGACUAUGUUGCUGCUUUCGAU